GAAGAUGCAACGGCGCGUUGGCGUGACGUCACACGUGUGCGCCAAGAUACGUUUGUCAGUCAGCGAAGUCUUUUUUAUUUAUUCAUCCUGAGGUCAAAUUUUGUGUUUGUGACCCAGAUUAUUUGUCUUGAAAUUAUCUGACUCAUAUCAUUUUCUUCGUCCUUGACGUCGGUUCCGUACGAGUCUAGUGAUGUCUCUGGGAUUCCUGAGGUUUGUUUUGAGUCAGGCACUAAGCCCCAGUCCUCUUCGACCCGUCAGCCUGGUUGCCUCACGUCUGGCUAGGAACCCAUCAACCCUCAGGCCAGCAUGUUCUUGCCACUUCUCCACAGACACUGAGGGCGGGAGCACCAGUGUGUCCGAUUUCCAGAAGGAAACUAAAAAGUCGGACCCGAGAGCACGAGUCACUUUUGCCAGCGUGGGUAGGAAGAUUGGCCAGCGUCAUAUACAGUUAUUGGGUGAGGAUGGAGAGGAAUUGGGUACAAUGCACCGUGCUGAUGUGAUACGACUGAUGGACGAAACAGGGCUGAGGCUUGUUGCCAUAAAUGAUGAUUGUGAUCCUCCAUUAUACAGACUGAUGAAAGGGAAACAGAUCCACGAAGAGCAGAUGAAACUUCGAGACACACAGAAAGCCAAGAAAGGGCUUGUCCAAUCAAAGGAGCUAAUUUUUUCCUCCGAUAUAUCCCUUCGUGACUUGGACACUAAACUGCGUCAAGUUGUCAGCUGGCUGGAAAAAAACAACCACGUCAGACUCACCAUCAGAGCAGGAACUGACGGUGGCACACCACUGGACAAAGUCUUAACACAGAUGGUGGAGAGGAUAUCAGUGCCUGUUGGCUUUGUUUCAAAACCUUCAGUGGUUCGUGGUGGUCGUGCUGCCAUGUGUGUCCUUCGGCUUGCUUCUGCUAAAGAACUGCAGAAAAAAGGAGCAGAGACUUCGAACAAGAAUUUAAAACAUGACUCAGAGACCCCAGCAUCUCUUCAUAACUCAAAUGACUUUAAACAACAAUAAAAAUCUAUGCAAUUUCAAUACAAAAGUGUAUUUUUUCAGUCUCCAAAAACU